AUGGCCGGCUGCCAUGGUGGUUUUUCACGCCUUUCAUUCGACGGAACCCACUCCCACACACCAUUGCAUAACAAACCACAAACCCAACCACCAUCCCCUGGUGGCGUGCGACGGACAGAAAUACCACAGAAGGUGGUCACUCGAAGCUUACGGCGGCGUAGGGCACAGCCAGGCGUAGCACGGCUGGAACGAAGAGGAGAUGUGACUAGGAGCGAUGAUAAUGACACUCACGAAGACGGCUCUGUCCUUCUGCUUUCCACCUAUUGCGACGUUAUUCUCCGGGGAAGUUUCAACUCGAUCUCCAAUACCACUGGUAAUAAAGAUGUGCGAGGUUGGCUUCGUCGACGGUUGGCAAUGGCGCUCUAG